CCAAGGCUAUCUUAGGCAUUCUGAGGUUUAUUAUAAUAAGCUGAUGAGUAAAAGGGACUUGUCCUCUGAUAUUUAUGCUGUUAAGGAUCCUUAAGGCCCUCAUAUGUCAUAUUGUUAGAUACUCUAGACACUUCAAAGCUUGUAAUUACUAUUCUAUAGAUAUUAAAGCAUAUUCAUCUCACUUAUUCAUCUUGUACUGUAAACUAAGGGACAGUAUUAUUAGUCUAGGAGGAUUGAUAAUACUGAGCUCAGUGUUUGGUAUGGUGUGUAUGAGAUGUAAGGAUCAUUUUCUGUUUUUCAAGCAUCCACGAUUCCUUGCAACAAACUUUUUUUUUUUUUUUUCCAGAUCUUCACACUUGUUUACUAUUUGUGUAUUGUCCUUGUGCAUUUUUCCACACAUCUCUCUCUCUCUAGCAUUUUACAUUUUUUUUUUUCACAUGGGGACUUCAUGAACAGUCUUCUUGUGGAUAGGAAGACUGGUGUGCUUGAGUACUGUACAGUACAGUACAGUACAGUACAGUACAGUACAGUAGCAUGCCAUUGUUAUGAUUACAUUAUGUUGAUCCAUUUUAAUUUUUAAAAAUUUUAAAUUGAUUUUUAUCGAUAUAUUAGUUCCUGUUGUGUAAAAUAUCUCCCACCAUUGAAAAAACUCCCACUGACACUUUUGUGAAUAUGUUGUACUCUGGAGUAAACAAUAAUGGCUGGAUGGAAGGACACGUGCAUUGUAGAUACUUUCAAGGCUUGACGACAACCACUCUUGGACAAUACAUUGGGGGCCUGAUGACCAUCACUAGCAGACCUCCUGGGUGGUUCCCAAGACCCCGGCUUGGCCUUUACAACACUCAAGCACACCAGUCUUCCUGUCCACAAGAAGACUGGACAACAAUUCACCAGAAUCUAACCAGAUAAUUUACCUGCUGCCAGCACCUUCAGGACACUAGAGGCUGUGACACCACAGCCUGCAUGGCCCCAUCAAAUCUUCAGCAAGAACAGAACAAAGUAUUUUCAGUACCUUUUAUAAAGUUUUCUAACGGUCUGACUAUUAAGAACUAUGAAGGGACUUUAUUGUUUUGGAGAUACAAGAUUAGGACUCCUCUGGACAUGCGAGACUCUGUACAACAGAUCACAGUGGUGCUGUUUUGUCUUGCUGCAGUUGUGUUUCCAAUGGGAUUUUAUGUGGAAGAAAUUGGGGGUGAACCAUACCAGCUGCCCAACAGCUUCCAGAUCCGUGUCAUCACAGGAAUGCAGGAUGUUACUAUUGCAAUUGACAACAAGAUCUUGGGUUCUGAAUUCCUACUUCAAGUAGCAUCUGAACUUGGCAUUGAUGACACACAAUGGCUGGGCCUGCAGUACAGUGACCUCCAUGGACGGUGGUGGUGGCUACAGGACCACAAAAAGGUGUUGGCCCAGAAGGUGCGGCCCAUAGCAGACCCACUCAUCAUGUUCCUGAAGGUGCGGCUCUACCCACCAAAGCCCUCUGCCCUCAAUGAUACAACCAUGCAGCGGCUGGUAUUCCUACAAGUACAGUCCGCCCUAGAAGUUGGGGAACUGAUGUGCCCAUCGCCCCGCAAAGGCACACUUGCCUCUCUAGCACGACAAGACAGUGUUCUGCUGUACUUGGAGACGGCAGAGGACCUCGAGGAGUAUGGGACGUGGCAUUUCAUCGUGACGCGACCACAUGACCCUAUCCCAGUCAGACUAAGCAUCAACUUAACGGGCUUCAGUUUUACCCUCAAUAACAGGAAAUAUGAGUUCCCCUUCUCUGAGAUCGAGAGCGUCAAGAUAAAAAAGAGGAAAUUGGUGCUGCGCCAUACGUCUAAGGCUUUCCUAGACAGCGUCUUUGAGUGUCCCGACCAUGCCCACGCCAAGGAACUCUACCAACAAGCCGUCCUCCACAGAAAGUUUUAUUUAGCUAAAAACGCAUGUUGAUCCCACAAAUACCCGUAGUGACACCAAAAAAAAAAAACUGUUGUUGUGUCCAUCACGAGACCGAUUACAUCAAGUGUGUGUGUGUGUGUGUGUAUGUGUGUGUUACAUUCCCAGUACACUAAUCCGGCACGACAACCACAAUUUAACUUAAUAAUAAAGUCAAUAGAAGAUGUCAUCAUGGUUAUCUGAAGCUACUCACAAAAUUGAUAAAGCUGGUGAUAAAAUGCCAUGUAUAGCAGAGGACAUUUCAAACGAGGAGACUGACUUGAUACAUAUCUCAUGAAAUGUAUAAUUUCUUAUGACACACACACAUACACACACACACAUAAAUUUGUGAGUAUAACAAAGGGUACCAGUUAACUUUAGAACAUAUUCACUUUUUUUUUUUUUUACUAGACGAUCUGGGAUGGUGGAAAUGGUUCGUUAAUUACUACAUGAUUCUCUGUCGCCAAGUUUCUGUCUGCCUCCAUUGGAAACUGCUGGUCAAAGUUUAUCAGAAUUAUUAUUAGAAUGUGUCGUUAACAAAUGUUACUUUGAGUUAUCGCGCAAUCGCGGUCAUAUGCACGUGCUGUUACUUUAGUUAGAAUAAAAUAGAAACUACUAGA